AUGGAGAAUCCUUCGAAACCUAAAUCGCAGAUCGGUGAUUGUUCCGGAGAUCUCCGAUCUUCCGCCGCCGCCGAUCCACACCGCGACAAGUUCCCUUUCUUUCGGCAUCGAUCGCGGCAAAUCUCGCGGGACACUUGGCUCAUCUCCGUCUUUGUGCUUCUCCAGAUUGUCAUCUUCGCAGUAACGAUGGGUGUCAAUGACUGUCCCGGAAACUCUUACGGUGACUGUGCCGCCGAAUUCCUUGGCCGAUUCUCCUUCCAGCCUCUCUCCGAGAAUCCCAUGCUCGGUCCCUCCGCUUCUACGUUAGAGCACAUGGGAGCUCUUCGUUCGAAUAUUUUGGCAGAGAGUCGUGAGAUAUGGCGCAUUUUUACAUCCCAAUGGCUGCACAGCGGAUUAUUUCACCUUCUCAGUAAUCUUGGGAGUUUAAUUUUCGUCGGGAUAUACAUGGAGCAGGAGUUUGGACCAAUGAGGAUUGCUGCAAUUUAUGUACUAUCCAGUGCCUUAGGAAGUCUGUUUGCUGUGGUUUUUGUUCAAGACAUCCCAUCAGUCUGCCCUGCUGCUGCUUUGUUUGGAUUGAUUGGAGCAAUGCUUUCAGCACUUGCAAGGAACUGGAAUCUCUACAGCAACAAGACCUCGGCCAUAAUGCUGAUAGUGGUUAUCUCCUCCGUCAAUUUCCUGCUGGGUUUCCUCCCUUACAUAGACAACUUUGCGAAUAUCGGAGGUUUGGUAUCAGGAUUUCUCCUCGGAUUUGUGCUGUUAUUCGCCCCUCAGCUCAGACAGGUUCCCCCACAUAAGGCGAGUUUCUUAAAAUCUGAAAUUAAAAGAUCCGAGAAGCUGAAGGAAAAGUUUGACAGACCCAUUCUAAGGAUAAUAUGCCUUGCUCUGUUUUGUGUUAUGUGA